AUGGCGUUUCUGAAAUGGGAGGAUUAUGCUAUCAUUGCCGUAGCAGUGAUGACGUCACUUGGAGUUGGUCUGUAUCAGUCUUUGAAAGGAAGAAAACACAAGACAACUUCCCAGUAUUUAUUGGGCAGUGGACAAAUGGCCGCUAUCCCAGUGGCAAUAUCGCUAGUAGUUUCCUAUGAAUCAGGCAUCACGAUGUUGGGUGUUCCGGCGGAAGUGUACAUGUAUGGUAUGCAGUGGUAUAUGGCAAACUUUGGUUACUUCUUUGCUGACCUUUUGAAUCGACAUCUUUUGGUGCCUACACUGAAGAGAUUGGAGGUUACAAGUAUAUUUGAGUAUUUAGAACUACGGUACAAGUCACACGGGAUCCGAAUGUUUGCUACAGUGCUAAGUAUCAUUUCAGGGCUAAACUACCUAGGAACGGUAUUAUUUGUUCCUGCAGUGACACUGGAGGAGGUGGCGGAGAUUCCAGAUUGGGUGUCCAUUGUCGGCGUUAUGGUCGUAGUGGUCAUUUAUACUUACAUUGGGGGAUUUCAAGCCGUGGUGUGGUCGGACGUUGUUCAAGCGAUUUUGAUGUUUGGUGGAAUAUUUGUACUGCUAAUCAAGGGUACCAUUGAUGCGGGAGGAAUUGCGGCGACAUGGACAUCGUUUAGUGACAAAGGGCGUAUGAAUCUUUUCAACUUUGAUCCUGAUCCAACACUUCGACAGACGUUUUGGAGCCUCGUUGUCGGGAGCACUAUCUCUGGUCUAGGGGUACCACUAACACAGGUGUCAUUUCUGAGAAUUAAGGCUACACCAACAGUGAAAUCAGCAAAGAGAAUGUACCUCUUUACGGCAUUUGCUUUUCUUAUAACUAACCUGAUCGCUGCUCUGGAAGGAGUCGUUCUGUUUGCGUACUAUAACGCAAAAGGUUGUGAUCCAUUGGAAUCAAAGGAGGUGAAUAAUCCGAACCAGUUAAUUGCAAAAAUGGUAGUCGACAUCUUUAAGAACACCCCAUGCCUCCCCGGAUUGUACUUAGCAGCAAUAUUUAGUGCAUCGUUGAGCACAAUGUCGUCCACAGUGAGUGGUCUUUCAACAUUGUUUUGGGAGGAUAUAGUAAAACCCCAUACAAAGUCUAUGUCGAAUAGAAAGUCUACAAUUAUCACACAGCUAUCAGUCCUGGUGUUUGGAGCUAUUGGUGUUGUCGUUGCCUUCCUGGUUUCCGGUCUUGAAGGCCCAAUCGUACAGAUAUUCCGAACUACAAGUUCCUGUUUAAGAGGAGCAAUUAUCGGUAUAUUUCUGCUUGGACUGUUUUGUCCACGAGCAAACUCAUUGGGAGCCAUGGUUAGUGGAUGUAUGAGCUGUGCACUUGUUGGAUGGCUUGCGAUCGGACGAUACAUAAAUGAUGUAGUCAGCGUGAAUACAAAACUUGAACCAGCUUCUAUGGAAAACUGCAUAUUUCCAAACGUUUCUCUUAUCACCAAUACAAAUAUGUCUAGCUACAUAAACAGUACAAUAGCACCAAGUAAUAUGUCGACAUUUGCAUCAUCGCAACUUUCCGAUAUUACCACCUCGUCAGGACCAGAAGGUGUCAACAUAUUAUAUUCUAUUUCCUAUAAAUGGCUGAGACCAAUCGGUAUAUUUACUGUCCUCAUAGCAGGAUCGCUUAUCAGUCGCCUUAGACAGUCAGAUGCUGUAGACAAAAGUCUCACUGUUCCUGUGGGUGACCUGUUGUGUAGCUGUAUACCGAAAUCAUCCAGACGAAAAUAUUGUUGUGGUUCCAAAUACCAUUCAUCUACUCAGGAUGACGUAUCGCUUGAUGACAUUCAACUCGACCACGUCACAACUUCCAAUGUGAUGUAG